UUGCAUUGGCAGGCUUUUUCCCCCCUCCACCUAGACUUGAAUUGCACAACAUAAAGGCAUCAUAAAAUAUUUGCUCUCUGAUUCCACAUAAAGAACUUCAGCUUUCUCUGGAAACUUAGAGCUCUUUGGAAGCCAAGCAUUCAACAAUGAAGAGCUUUCUGGCUUUCCUUCUUGCAAUGGGCAUCAUAGUGACCCUGGGUGAUGCAUACUGCUGGAGUAAACGUCACAAGCCAGGGGAGGGUGAAAAUGGCUGUAUGGUGAAUGGAAGACUGUAUCCCUUUGGACACAUUGAGAGGACAGAGGAGUGCUUUAGGUGCAGCUGCAGCCAAGUGGGAGUGAAUUGCUGUUCCCUCUUUCAUACUCCUAUUGGUUACGACAAAAAGAAUUGCAAAGUCAUUUUCAACAAGGAGCGCUGUGACUAUGACGUGGUGCAGAAGGACGACCCCUCACAGGAGUGCAUUGUCUAUUCUCGUGUGGGCUGACACCUGCUCCAAACCCCUCUGCACUCUGGAAUUCCUCUCCUUCCUACAGAUGCUUUGCCAUCACAGAGAAGCACGAUGCAGUGAGAAAAUCUCAUAAAAGAGAGCACUUCUGUACUCACUUCUACCCUCCUAACUGUCCUAAUUCAGCUUACAAGAUGCAUAAUUAGAGUGUCUCAUUUCUAUUAUUACUGCAUUUGUUGACUACAAUAAAUUGAGAUGAAACAUCCAUAAAUGUUUCAUAUUGAUGUUUUGUUGUUUGCAGUGAAAUGGGGAAAUGCCACCUUCUCUGAGAAAGAAAUGCAUUUGGCUCUCUGUCUAACAUGCUGUCCCAUGCUGUUUGCCCAAAAGAUUUUUGUGUUCUGCAGGGGAGGAAUAGUUUUGAAACUUGUCCUGAAUGACUUUCCUGGUUUUAUGCUAGCUCAUGUCAAAAUUAUACAGAGAACAACCUCAGCUGAUGUACCUGAAGGAAUAUUCUUACUUAGAGAAAAAACAGCGGCAGCUUCUUAGAGAGGUAGUAUUUUCAGCAUGGAGAUCAAAGACAAGACUUCCUACCUAAGUACCUCACAGAACUGCUUCUUGAGAAAAUUUGAUUUUCAGAAUUUAUAGGUUUAUUUAUAUUUUAUUUCUAAAAAUAAAGAAUUUAAUGAAUAACAAAA